CGCCGCGCCGCGAGGCAGCACCGCGGGGCCGGGGUGAUGAUUAAAUGAGACGCUGAGCCUUAUUUAAUAGGAUUAUGACGUGUCCUGGAAGCAGGAAGGUUCACUUUCCUUUGAUAAGAUUUAUGGCGCAACAGACAUUGGUGGAUUUCAAGAAUGCACUUCACCCAAAUGGCAACUGACACUUUCAUGAGUUACAAGGUGCUUCCAGACAUACUUACUUGCUCUUCAGAGAGACCUUGUGAGGUUGCAUGAUGGAAUUUGAACAUUACCUCAAGAGGUUUUAUGUUUUGGAGUAGCUGAUUGUGUUUGUCCUCUGCUGACCAUUGCUUCGGACCCAUUUUCUGGUGUCCUUUGAGGCCGUAAACCCAAAGGGAUUAUACCAUGGACUACAAGGAAAGCUGCCCAAGUGUAAGCAUUCCCAGCUCUGAUGAACACAGAGAGAAAAAGAAGAGGUUCACUGUUUAUAAAGUUCUGGUCUCAGUGGGCAGGAGUGAGUGGUUUGUCUUCAGAAGAUAUGCAGAAUUUGAUAAGCUUUACAAUACUUUAAAGAAACAAUUUCCCACUAUGGCCCUGAAGAUUCCUGCCAAGCGAAUAUUUGGUGAUAAUUUUGAUCCCGAUUUUAUCAAACAAAGAAGAGCAGGACUGAAUGAAUUCAUUCAGAACUUAGUUAGGUAUCCAGAACUUUACAACCAGGAGAAAAGCUGUAGAAAUACUUUCAAAGUCAUGAUAAAGUUAAUUUUUGCUUUUAGUCCAGAUGUCAGAGCGUUCCUUCAAAUGGACAGUCCGAAACACCAGUCAGAUCCAUCUGAAGAUGAGGAUGAAAGAAGUACUGAGAAGCUACACUCUACCUCACAGAACAUCAACCUGGGACCGUCUGGAAAUCCUCAGAUACUACGCUUCCCUCACCCUUUUGGUCCUCUUAAACAUGCUAAACCAACAGACUUUGAUUUCUUAAAAGUUAUUGGAAAAGGCAGCUUUGGCAAGGUUCUUCUUGCAAAACGGAAACUGGAUGGAAAAUUUUAUGCUGUCAAAGUGUUACAGAAAAAAAUCGUUCUCAACAGAAGAGAGCAAAAACAUAUUAUGGCUGAACGUAAUGUGCUCUUGAAAAAUGUGAAGCAUCCAUUUUUGGUUGGAUUACAUUAUUCCUUCCAAACAACUGAAAAGCUUUAUUUUGUUCUGGAUUUUGUCAAUGGAGGGGAGCUGUUUUUUCACUUACAAAGAGAACGGUCCUUUCCUGAACACAGAGCAAGGUUUUAUGCUGCUGAAAUCGCCAGCGCAUUGGGUUACUUGCACUCCAUCAAAAUAGUGUACAGAGACUUGAAACCAGAAAACAUUCUUCUGGAUUCCGUAGGACAUGUUGUCUUAACAGAUUUUGGGCUUUGUAAAGAAGGAAUUGCUAUUUCUGAUACCACAACGACAUUUUGUGGAACACCAGAGUACCUAGCACCUGAAGUGAUCAGAAAACAGCCCUAUGACAAUACUGUAGAUUGGUGGUGCCUUGGUGCUGUACUGUAUGAAAUGCUGUAUGGGUUGAGUACACCCAUAAUGCCACAGUACUUAGGAAGGAGCAUGAUCUUCAGGUCUUCAUCUUUUCAGCCUCCUUUUUAUUGCCGAGAUGUUGCUGAAAUGUAUGACAACAUUCUGCACAAGCCCCUAAAUCUGAGGCCAGGAGUGAGCCUCACAGCCUGGUCCAUUCUGGAAGAACUCCUAGAAAAAGACAGGCAAAAUCGGCUCGGUGCCAAAGAAGACUUUUAUCUAAGGCAGAAAUGUCAACUCUGUUUUACCUAUGAAGAAACUAUGAUAGUGAAGAGGAUAAAGUGUGCCAUGUGUACUUACUUGAAAUUCAGAAUCAUCCCUUUUUUGAAUCACUCAGUUGGACGGACCUUGUACAAAAGAAGAUUCCACCACCGUUUAAUCCUAAUGUGGCAGGACCAGAUGAUAUUAGGAACUUUGAUGCAGCGUUUACGGAAGAAACAGUUCCAUAUUCUGUGUGUGUGUCUACUGACUAUUCGAUAGUAAACGCCAGCGUACUGGAGGCUGAUGAUGCAUUCGUUGGUUUCUCUUAUGCACCUCCUUCAGAAGACUUAUUCUUGUGAACAUUUUGCCAUCCGGGAACCAUUGAGCAAAUAUAAACCUAUGUACAGACGAGACUGAAAUUCCUGUUUGUGUGAAUAUAUUCAAAUAUGUUUAGUGCCUCUUUUUUACAUAUAAUGUUAACAACUAUGAAAAAUGUAUUUUCUGCUGUAUGUAAGAAAAUAGUGCAUUUCAAAGAGCUAACUUUGGAAUUAAAAUUUGUAUUCUUGUUUAUUAAGCUUAUUUUUAAACAGAAAUUUUAAAAGCUAUUGUUCUUAGCAUUAACCUAUUUUUAAAGAAAACUUUUUUGCUGAUGACUGUUUUUUUCCCAAGUUUACACUAACACCUACCCAAGAUAGACUGUUUUUCAACAGCCUAUUUCAGUUCAGUUAACAUAUAUUAAUGCCUUUGUAACUCUACUUUGAUCUUUGUUCUCAGAUCAGAACUAUGCAAUUUGUAUGUGGUUGUUUAAGAAGAAACCAUAUCUGUCCAUAAUAAAUCUCUGCUUGCCAUAAUCAGUCUUGGUAGGAUUAAAGUGUAAAAGCAUAGUUAACACAUUGGCUGCUAAUUAACACUUUGAGUAACUGUUCAUUCUGCAGGUCAAAUUAAAAAGUAACAAAAGGAGGCCCUGGCUGGGUAGCUCAGUUGGGUAGGGCAUUGUCCUGAUACCCCAAGGUUGUGGGUUCGAUCCCCUUCAGGGAAUAAUAAGAAUCAACCAAUGAAUACAUAAAAAAGUGGAUCAACAAGUCUCUCCCUCUCUCUCUCUCUCUCUCUCUUUCUCAAAUCAAUAAAAAGGAAAUCCUUUGCUUUUGAAAUACCAAUUUAAAUUCAUGAAUUAUUUUUCUUCUGGAGUAAAAGUAAAUAUUUAAUAGUUGACAUUUUAAAUAUUCCCAAACAUCUGAAGAGUAAUAAAGUACUGCUGGAUUUUUUUUUUUAGGUGGUGCCAAAAUGAAUGUAUCUGUGUCAUGUAUUUAUAUUACAAAUACAUUCUAUUUAUGUUCUUUUGGGCCUUUUGAAUGUUUAAUAUACUGUUAAGUAGGUCUAAAACUUGGUAUUUAGUUUUGCAAAUAGCUUUUCAAAACUGUCUCCCUAAUUGGUUGUUAAGUGAAAAAUAUUGAGCUUUCUAGAAUAUUUACUUAAUUGGGAAUUAAAAAGUAGAAUAGCAAAUUUGGGAUUAAUAUAAAUGUGCACAGUUUUACUAUAGUGUAACAGAAGUUAAAAAUAAUUCAGAUAGAUGCCUAGCAUCUUAUGUAUCUUAGAAAAUGUAUGGGAAAUUGACCUUAAAGUCAUACUAAAAACCAACUAACCUCUGUACUUGUAAUUGUAAAAGAAUGCUUAUCUUGGAAUUCUGAUUUUUAGUUUAGAGAUUUUGUAAGUCAUGUAGGAAACAUUGUGAAAGAAUUUAGUGACCCAGUUUAGAUGCUUCAAGAACAAGCAUUCUUUCCAUGUGUUUUCUCUUGAGAAAGAAAUCACAAAAGCAUUUCACACCAAUACCCUUUGGUUUACAAAUGUUCAGCAGAAUGGGGGGAAGGGCGUGUGCUUUUCUUAGAUUAAUAAUAUUUGCAUUCAAUACACUGAAUCUUCCUUUAGAAGUAAGACUUUAAUAGCAACACUGUAAAUAUUUGUUUUAUUUGGUACUACUGUAAGUUCUCCUUUUAUACAAAGCUCUUUGCUUAUAAAGCAAAAUAAAGACUAGUUUCUUGUAUGA